ACACGUCAAAGCGGAAAACCUCAGAAAACCACAAUAAAUCAUCCUCGUCCACCACUGCCCCCGCUCUGCUGCAACUCCACUCGGCCCGGCCGCCCUUUCCACCCACCUUGAUCCUCUGAUCCGUUGGUGCUUGACCGAUCCAUGGACACCCAUAUCGGAUCCGUGAACGGGGCGGCGUCGAACCAGACGGUUGGCUGCCCGGCGUCGGCGCCGGGGUGCCCGAUGGCGUCCACGCCGGCGCAGCCCGCGGCGACCCUGUCGGCGGGGGAGGCGUCGCUGGGGCGCCACCUCGCGCGUCGCCUCGUGCAGGUCGGCGUCAACGAUGUAUUCGCGGUUCCGGGGGACUUCAACCUCACGCUGCUCGACCACCUGAUCGCCGAGCCCGGCCUGCGCCUCGUCGGCUGCUGCAACGAGCUCAACGCCGGGUACGCCGCCGACGGGUACGCGCGCGCGCGCGGCGUCGGGGCCUGCGCCGUCACGUUCACAGUCGGGGGGCUCAGCGUGCUCAACGCCAUCGCGGGCGCCUACAGCGAGAACCUGCCCGUCAUCUGCAUCGCCGGCGGGCCCAACUCCAACGACUACGGGACCAACCGCAUCCUCCACCACACCAUCGGCCUCCCCGACUUCUCGCAGGAGCUCCGCUGCUUCCAGACCGUCACCUGCCAUCAGGCGGUGGUGAACAAUCUGGAUGACGCGCACGAGCAGAUCGACACGGCCAUUGCCACGGCACUGAGGGAGAGCAAGCCCGUGUACCUCAGCAUCAGCUGCAACCUCCCUGGGCUGCCUCAUCCUACCUUCAGCCGCGACCCAGUGCCCUUCUUCCUCACCCCCAGGACGAGCAACAAGAUGGGGCUAGAGGCUGCAGUGGAGGCAACUGUCGAAUUCCUGAACAAGGCGGUGAAGCCAGUCCUUGUCGCCGGCCCCAAACUGCGUGUGGCAAAGGCAGGAAAGGCAUUUGUCGAUAUGGUAGAUGCCAGUGGCUAUGCCUAUGCCGUGAUGCCAUCGGCCAAGGGUCUUGUGCCAGAGACUCACCCCCACUUCAUCGGCACCUACUGGGGCGCCGUCAGCACCGCCUUCUGUGCGGAGAUUGUUGAGUCCGCAGAUGCCUACCUCUUUGCAGGCCCCAUUUUCAAUGACUACAGCUCUGUUGGCUACUCAUUCCUCCUCAAGAAGGAAAAGGCCAUCAUCGUCCAGCCUGAGCGUGUGAUAGUGGGGAAUGGGCCGGCAUUCGGAUGUGUGAUGAUGAAAGAGUUCUUGUCUGAAUUGGCUAAGAGGGUUAAUAAGAACACCACUGCCUAUGAGAAUUACAAGAGGAUCUUUGUACCUGAGGGCCAGCCGCUGGAAAGCGAGCCAAAUGAGCCACUGCGAGUGAAUGUGCUCUUCAAGCACGUCCAGAAGAUGUUGACUGGUGAUAGCGCGGUGAUUGCUGAGACUGGUGACUCCUGGUUCAACUGCCAGAAGCUUAAGCUGCCAGAAGGCUGUGGGUAUGAAUUCCAAAUGCAGUAUGGUUCGAUUGGAUGGUCAGUGGGUGCAUUGCUCGGAUAUGCUCAGGGUGCGAACCACAAGCGUGUGAUUGCCUUCAUUGGUGAUGGGAGCUUCCAGGUUACAGCACAGGAUGUGUCAACUAUGCUGCGAUGUGAGCAGAACAGCAUAAUCUUCCUGAUCAACAACGGUGGGUACACGAUUGAGGUGGAAAUCCAUGACGGGCCAUACAACGUCAUCAAGAACUGGAACUACACUGGCUUUGUGGACGCCAUCCACAAUGGCUUGGGCAAGUGCUGGACCUCCAAGGUGAAGAGCGAGGAGGAGCUGACGGCUGCCAUUGAGACAGCGCUAGGGGAGAAGAAGGACUGCCUGUGCUUCAUCGAGGUGAUCGCGCACAAGGACGACACCAGCAAAGAGCUGCUGGAAUGGGGCUCUAGGGUUUCUGCCGCCAACUCCCGGCCACCAAAUCCUCAGUAGAAGUCCCGCAGGCUCCAAGCCUCGGAGUGCCAGUAGUGAUAGUAAGCUGUAGCACGGUGGGGGCUCAACCGAAUAACGUGAACGCAUUGCCCUUUCUGUUACGUGUUUUAUUUUAUUGUGUUUCUGUGGUCGUAUAUCUGUUUUGUGACGUGUUCCCUGCUUCUCCCAUGUGAAUUCCAGAAGAACUAUGAGAAAAUUCAGGUUGGUUGUCACUAUUUGUGCUGCGUUACCGGUGUGAUUUUACUUGCCAGGUAAACAUCGCCGGCCAGGGAGUGAAUCAUCUAGAGAUUGGGCUAUAAGUAUUGUAGCGAUAAUUAUUCUAGUACGGAAGCAGGAGAUGGAGCAUGUACUAUCCAGAUUUUUAAUAAUUGAUUGUGCACACUGCGGGGGCACAACACAUACAGGUGCGCGCCCCGGUGCGAAUCGCCAUGUCACUAUC